CUGUAUGAGAACUGACGGCUCCUGCCAGCAGCAGCGCUGUGUGUGAGCGCGCGCACUGUCCUCACAGUAAUGUCAGUUAAUGUUACACUGGAAUUACAGACGCGUGUACUUUCGACUGAGCGUCGGAGAGCGUGACAUCCUCCGUGUUUAGGGCGGCUGGGCCAGGCUGAAGUCAGGAUGACCGCGAUUAAAAUGAAGGCCAUUGCUCCUGCUGCCCAAGAGCAGUCCCGACCUCUCUUCUUGGAGCUGCUGUGUCGUAGUCUGAUCAUCCUGUGUGUGGUUCUCUCAGUGGUUCUGUCUUCCGUUGCAGUGUGUGAUGGACACUGGUUGUUGUCUGACCAACGAAUGUUUGGCCUCUGGUACUCCUGUGUGGUGGAGGACUCUGGUGCAGCACCUAACUGCAGCAGAAACGUCGGGGAAGGUCUGGACCCAGGCCUGAGUGUGUGUCGUUCUCUUGUCUCCUUGGCAGUGGUGAGUGCCAUCUUUGGCCUGGAGCUGCUGGUGAUAUCCCAGGUGAGCGAGGGCCGGGCCUCGAGCAAGCGCUGGCGAUUUGGAUCAUGGCUGAUACUGUUGGCUGCAUGCUUGUCUGCUGGAGGGAUCUUGAUCUUUCUGGUCCUGUUCUGGAAGCAUGUUACACCUCUGGGCUUCACUCUCACCUUCUGCUGCCAGUUCACUGCAGCCUUCCUGUUCUUUCUCAACGGCCUGGCAGCACGGCACAUCCAGAAUAUGGCGGAUUUGCUUCCCUCCAGUGGUGAUCUGGGGAAAUUGUAGGCACUGACCACUCUGGAUUCAGUAUUUACGGGUGCUGGGUUAUUGAGAUAAAUGGUUCAGUUUAAAGAACUGUGUACUUAAUCACAAUGUUUUGGAGUGAACACUCCUUUGUAUGAACACUCCAGGUAGUUUUUUCAGUCAUUUUAAUCUGAAUAUUUUCUCAAUUCUCAAUAAAGACAUUUUAUUUACACUUUAA